GAGACAACCAAGGUAUCAGAGUAUGGAGUUGGAAUCUACUUAUCCUGCCGCCUCAAUAGAUUAGGUAGCGGGGUAACUACCUUACAGUACAAAGCAAGUACUCCGUAAGGUGGGCAGACAUCGCUCAUCGUAAUGGCGCCGAGGCAACUUCUUUAUCUCUGGACAGGAAUCUCUACAAACUUUGAGGCAGCUUUGUUCCAACCCGCAAUAUUCAACAGAGAGUGUAAUCUCGGCCACGGUACAAAGUAUCAAUCCUUGUUAUCGCGUCUCUUCCCUGCUCCUCCAAGAGACAAACAUUUUGAUUCUUUCUUUUUCAACCCCCCCCGCCUCGUCGCUCGCCUCUCGCUUCUGCCCUUCGCUCCUAGAGUCCCAGCGACUUCCACUCCUAUAGCUUCCGUUAGCCCCACCUUGUUUGCUCUGGUGUUUAUGCUGGCGGCGAAUACCAUGUCUACUGCUUCAGUGAGUCAAUGCUACCGAGCGGCUUCUGUCACCCAUUCGUGGGUAUCAGACCUCGACGGUAAUACGCCGCGACAAAGGUAACUGGGUAUUCAACAUGCUUUCGGAACCCCAUUGUACUAUGAGAACGGUAGACUCCGCGAGAGGCACGAGAGGCACGAGAGGGCAAACGGUCCUCUCGUGAACCAAUGUCAUCCUAUACCAACUGUCUGAUCCUGGUACCCAAGCCAAGAUCAAGGCGUUGAUCUCAACCAGUCACCUUGGACGAUUC